GUUUCUAACCUAAAAUCAGAACGAUCAUAACCUAAAAAAUUAUUUUAAAAAAGCCUUUUUAUUCAAAGAAAAAAGCAGAGAAAGAAGGACGAACGGACGCCCUAAAAAAUUCUUAGGGCUCAAAAAGGAGCUCAUACUUACUAAUAAUAAAAUGAAUCAAGAUAUAAUUAUCAGCAGCGAUGAAAGUAAUUUUUCAGACGAAGCAAAGGGUCGUGAUAAACAGAUCAAAAAUGAAAGUUUUCUAACUUCAGAUUCUGACGAUGAAAAGAUAGUGUUUAGAAAAGUGCGGAAAUCCAAGAGGAAGGCAGCACAAACAAAAAUGCUUGGUGAAAUUUCAUUACUGACUAGUGACGAAGAUGACGAAAAACCACAGCCAAAAAAGAGAAAAGUAAAGAAAUCAAAGAAUUUAGAUAAUGCAGCUGAGAUAACAAGCGAUGAGGAUUAUAUUGAAGAAAAACCUCCAGUUAAAACUAAGAAAAGAAAAUUAGAGGCAAUAAAACCUACUCAGGCAGUAAAAAAAACUAGGACAGUUGCACAAAAAGCAAAGAAGGUAGCAGUUAAAGCAGAAUCUAUAAACAAUAUCCCAGAAGAGAAUGGUCAAGAUAUAUCAGAAACAAAGUUAGAUAUUGGUGACAUGAAAAUCAAUCCUGCUUGGACAGAUCAUGAACUACUUGCCGAAAGAUCCGGAAUUGAAAAUUACAUAGCCUUUAACUUAGUUAAUUUAUUAAAUGAUGGUAACACUAUACCAUUUAUUGCCAGAUAUAGGAAAAAUGUUAUUGGAAACAUGCCUCCCGAGGAAUUAAGAACAGUUAAAGAGGAAUAUGAUGAUAUAUGUGCUCUGAAAAAGAGAAUUAGUACUGUAGUGAGUUCUGUGGCAAAGUUAGGCAAGUUGGACGAAAGAUUACAAAGAAAUAUUUGCACAGUAAAAACUUCAGAAGAGUUAGAGCAUAUUUUUUCACCUUUUAAAUCAGUCGGAUCGAAGAAAUCUUUGGCUGAAAAAGCCAAACAGCUUGGUUUGGAGCUUCCUGCAUUACAAUUACUGAAUGGAACGAAAAUAGUUAACAUAUCAGACUAUAUUAAGUCUGAUAGUAAAGAUUUGAGAACCUUAGGGGAAGUUGAGAAAAAUAUAAUUUAUAUUAUAGCUUCGGAAAUUUCAACAGAUGCAGAAUUACUGCAGUUUUUAAGAGACUUAAGGCGCACUACUACUUUUAAAUUAGAAAGUAAAAAAGCCAGACAGACAAAGACGACGACGAAAGCAAAAAAUACUGACGUAGAAAAAAAGGCUGCAAAUAAUGAGAUGAAAUUUGAAAAUUAUUUUGAUUUUUCCCAGCCUGUUAGUUAUCUUAAAUCCCAUCAGAUUUUAGCUAUUAAUAGAGGGGAAUCCCUUAAACAUCUCAGCGUUAAAGUUGAUAUUCCACAGUUUUUUUGGAACAAAUACUAUGGGUUUUGUAAAAAUAAAUGGCUUACAAAAUCUUCUGACCCACUGAGAACAAGACUUUUAGAGUUAGCUGUAACCGACGCGUAUAAUAGACUGAUUGUCAAUUUAAUAUCAAGGGAAAUUCGGUCAGAAUUAAAACAGAAAGCUGAAAAGGAAUCGUGUAAAAUAUUUAGCGACAAUUUAAAAAAUCUUUUAUUGACACAACCCUUGAAGGGAAAAUCUAUCCUAGCAAUAGACCCUGGUUAUACUAACGGCUGUAAAGUAGCCUUAAUUUCACCUACAGGCAGCUUACUAGCUCAUAACGUCAUUUAUCCACAUACUAAGUGGACCAAAGACAAGGGAGAACAUGUUAUAAAAGGUUUACUUAUGAAAUAUAGUUGUGACAUAAUUGGAAUAGGAAACGGCACUGCUUGUCGAGAAACCGAAGAGUGGAUAGUGAGUUUAAUCAAAAAUAAUUUUUUCAGACCCUUAGAUAUUAAUUAUCUCAUUGUUAACGAAGAUGGUGCUUCCAUAUACAGCUGCAGCCCCGAAGCACAAAAAGAAUUUGGAAAAUUGGACCCCAACAUUAUUAGUGCAGUUUCGUUAGCAAGAAGAAUACAAGACCCAAUGGCAGAAUUGGUUAAAGUUGAACCAUCACAUCUGGGAGUUGGCAUGUACCAACUAGAUUUGAAGAAAAAACAACUCGAAGAAGCUUUGGGUGAGGUGGUUUCAGAAUGUGUCAGUUUCGUGGGAGUAGAUUUAAAUACAGCUUCGCAGUGUUUAUUAAGGCGUGUGGCAGGUUUGACAGACAGCAAAGCCAGUCAAAUAAUCUUAUACAGAGAGAAAAACGGUCCGUUCAGUUACAGAAGACAACUGUUGCAAGUUUACGGUAUAGGGGAGAGGAUAUUUGAGCAAUGCGCGGGAUUUUUGCGAGUCGGACCACUGGACAGGGAGGAUAAGUCGUUUUAUAAGCAGAAAUCGACUACGCCACUGGAUGCCACUAUUAUACAUCCGGAGUCGUAUCAUAUAGUUAGAAGUUUAAUUGGCAAAAUGGACCUAAAAGAACAAGACGUAGGCAGCGACAACUUCAUAUUGACUUUCAAAUCCAAAAGCUCAACUCUAAAUCCCAAAACACUGGCCGACACGUACAAAACCGACCCAGAGAACAUCCAGCUGAUUUUUGACGCGUUAUCAAAGAAACUAAACCACGACCUGCGGUCAGAAAAUAGUAACGGACCCCUGUUUCGCAGAGACGUCACGUCAUUCGAGGAGUUGAGAAUUGACAUGACGUUGACAGGUCGAGUGAAUAACGUGACGUCAUUCGGGGCCUUCGUCGAUUUGGGAGUGGGCCAUAACGGCCUGUUGCAUAACAGAUUUAUGAAAGGGAUCAGUAUACGGUUAGGAGAUGUCAUUGAGGUUAAAGUUACGAAGGUGGAUUUCGUAAAAAAACAUAUUGGUUUAGAAGUUGUAAGGAAAAUGUGAUCUGAUAAGGAAAAAAAACAGUUAUUUUUUAUAGAAAAAUAUAUUGAUCUGUUUUUCUUAUUAAACUAAUUCCGAUAGAUAGCCUUUAAGUCGUUACGUCACGUGAAUGGGCGGAGAACUUAGCAACCUUAACCAAUUUCUUGUGAGCAAAUGAAAUUCUCGGGUAUAUAUUUAUAUAACAUAUUAAUAUUAAGAUAAUAACAUACUCUUCGGAUAUAAAUAAGUCGUUUCGGAGAUACAGCGUGUAAAAAUUUUAUUUUUAUUUCGGUUUUUCCAAAUCAUUUCUGAACUAACUUUGAUAUUUGAUCGAAAUAAUCAAUACAUGUCGUCAAUUGACAAAAAAUAAGCAUAUUGUUUAGAUAGGUUAUUUCACUGAAAGUAUAAAUUUUGAAACAUUUUAUAUUUUAAAAUUAAGGAUAAAUUUUUCUUGAAAUAAUUUAUUUUUUUAAAAAAAUUUCUAGAAAUUUUUUAUUAUUAUGAUUUUUUUUUCAUUAGGUGUAAUUGUUAUACAGAUACGGACAAAAAGUUGUUACUCUUCAAAACGGUAAAAAACACCCAGACACAAAUUUUCAUCACAUUAAAUAUCGUCGUCAGCUCAGAAAUUAUUUGGAAAAUAAAAAUUAAACUUCUACACCCUGUAUUUCUGAAACGAAGCAUUUUAGGACAUACAUUUAUACGAACUUUUUAAUUAUUUUUAACCGCAGAAUAUUCUGCCGAAGUUUCCCGAUUACAAUUCGGGCCACCCUGUAUAACUUGCCCUGCCGGAGGUUGUCUCAAUCUCCGCCCAAUGGCGUGACGUCAUACUUACUAGGGACCCUAUUAAAUCUAGGCAGAUAUGGAAUAUUUAUAAUAUUACGAGGCAUAUAAGUCUAAACUGUUUUGACACAAUUAUGUAUUCCAGUUUUUCUCUAAACACAUUAUUUAUUUCUUCUAAGUUUUUAGAAAUAUUACCUUAAAGUGAAACUAAACAAAAGGGGCUGAAACUUAUAAAAUAAUUCAACGUAAUACAAAAACAAAACACAAUCUUUGGCACAAAAAAUGUUUUAAGCUCUAAGUAGAGUAUCGUCAUUGUGAUGAUAUAAGUUGCUCUUUUUCAUGAAUAAAGUUAU